CUGCAUGUAUGUUUGUGCAGUGUCGGCUGUGAGCCGUGUGGAGGUUUCGAUCGUCCGUGUGUACAAGAGCAUCGCUGUAAUGUAAACAUUGUGGUCAGAAGGAAUGCAUUUAGACAGUAGGUGCUUGAGGAUAUUAUCAUGAACUUUGAUAACGUGGCGUUGAGUCGAGCACCCCAGUCUGCGACGCGAGUUGCCGCGGAGCGGUCGUAUGUUGCGUUCGUGCCGGUGAGUCAAGUGCGAACUGUGUUCGCGCUCGCGUACGCGCCGCAUUCCAUCGUGGGGGCCCUUCGCCGCCAUUGGCCGAACCCGCGUGACGUCACUCUUCGUAAUGAGGUAUUCAACAUGGCCGUGUAGCUAGUUCGCGAGUGUGCUUCGUUAUUCGUUUGAAUGGAUUUAAUCAGUGAAAUAUGCCAAGGAGACGAAACGGUGAGAUACCCUUGCCCGACGGAUGGGAUUAUGCGAGGGACUUUGAUGGAAAACUUUAUUUCAUCGACCACAAUAGCAGAAAAACGACGUGGAUCGACCCGCGAGACAGAUACACAAAACCCCAAUCAUUCGCGGACUGCAUUGGAAAUGAACUGCCCCUGGGCUGGGAGGAGGCCUAUGAUCCUCAGAUUGGGCCAUAUUACAUCAAUCACGUCAACCAGGUGACCCAACUCGAAGAUCCGAGGUUGGAAUGGCUGAGCAUCCAAGAAGCUAUGCUGAGGGACUACCUCCACACAGCCCAGGAGGCCCUGGAGGCGAAGCGGGAAAUGUACGAUGUCAAAAAACAGAGACUAUGUCUGGCUCAAGAUGAGUACAAGCACCUCAACAACGCGCUGUCCACACUCGGAGCGUCCAGGACUAGCUUGUGUUCGUCAACUACAUCAGUGACAACAACGUCGACGACUUCUCGUCAUGACCCCGACCAGCUUCGUGUUGAGGUCACUCAAGCCAGGGGUCGGCUGGCUCAGCUCAGGAAAGAGUUGAGACAAGCAAGGGCGGAAGUAGCCAGCGCGAGGCGCGGUUUUGACACGUUGGCUGAGGUAGAGCAAAAACUUAGCGCUCAACAAGGUUGUUACAAUAUAACAGAAGCUCAAGCUAUUAUGACUGAACUGAAGAAUAUACAGAAAUCCCUCACUUCCGGUGAGAAGGAGAGAGCAGAUCUUAUGCAAUCUUUAGCCAAGCUAAAGGAUGACUUAACGAGGCUGCAAUUAGGUGACGCUUCCCCGGAACUGUCCACUUUAAGUUUACCGCAGGAGAAGUUAAGCACUGCUUCCCAAACGGAUCUUUGUGCGGAUUUAGUACCAAUAGGCACUAGACUAGCUGAAAUGGCGCGGGUUCGCCUACAAUACGACGAGGCUAGGAAGAGAAUUCAACAGAUCCAGCAACAGCUGGCUGAUCUGGAGGACAAAGUCCAACCAGGUCAGGCGGAGUCUGAUAAAGAUAGACUCCUACUGUUCCAAGAGAAGGAGCAAUUACUGAGAGAAUUGAGGAGUAUCACACCAAGGACGAGGUCGAAACAGGAAAUGAGCGACAUCCAAACUGAAUGUAAGAAAUUGGAGCAAGAUCUGAAGAAUGCUUUCGAAAUGUCCAACAAGUGUAUAGCGGAUAGGUUAAGGCUGCACGAAGAGAAACAGCUAUUGUUGCAGCAGUUAAAGGACGCUUUAACUUCUAUGACGGCGUUGGAAGGACAAUUGAAGACUUUAUCAGCUUCAACGUUGUCAGUGUCUAGCAGUUCCAGCUUGGGAUCGCUGUCCACAGCGAGCAGUAAAGGCUCACUAAGUUCCGGGAUAAGCUUCACGGAUAUUUACGGUGGACCACAAAUAGCCACGUCCUUCCAAGCAGACAAACCAAUUGAUAUGGUUGAUCUUCACAGGCGAGUCGAAAGGUUACUCCGGGGUUCGUAUGCUGAGCCUCUCACCAGCUCGCCGUCACAGCCGUCUUUAUCACCACGGAGUAGUCUCUCCUCAGCGUCACCACCACCUCCACCAUCCUAUCAUCAGGUGGAAAGACAAAGGCGACAGCAGAAGGAGUUGGAGGACAAACUGGCUGAGAUGAGAAUCGGCGUCGCUACCAGCCUCAGUGAAGUCACGGGACUUUCAACAAUUCCAGUACAGCUACAGGGUCCGGGUCGGCCGGCGGAGCCUCUCUCUCCAAUAUCGGAGACGCCACCAACCGCUUCCUCUAGUGGCACGAACACUAGAUCGGUAUCAGCGGCUGUCAGUGAUGAAUCCGUUGCUGGUGACUCAGGGGUGUUUGAGGCGGCGCAGGCCGGGGAAGCCGGGUGCGUGAACAGUGCUCAAAUUGAGAUCAAAUUGCGUUACUGUUCCGACGAGAGCGCAUUAGAAAUAGGCAUCCUGCGGGCGAGGAACCUCCACGCGCUGUACAUAGACGUGGGAACCGAAGUGUGUAUCCGCGGAGCUCUGGUGGUAGGUGGUGGGGGUUCCGUGUCGUUCACGAGUCGCCCUCUGGUGUGGGCGGGGUCAACGCUGCUCUUCCGCUGGCAGCAGCGAGCAGCGCUGCAGCAGAGAGCACUGCAGGGGGGCACGCUACAGGUCAACGUCGCUGCCGGCGCUGAAUGCCUGGGCUGUACACAAGUCAGUCUGGCUGACUUCGACCCUGACACUGUGUCACAGAAGUGGUACAACGUGCUCAGCUUCCGAAGCAUAAGGAGAGAUGAGAGCUCAGACGAAUCCACUGUCAUAUCGUCUCAGACCUCCACACUAACUAGGAAUAGAGGUCCGGAGAGUAUGGCCGCAGCUGAAUGUAACGCUGAUUGCUGUGAUAACUCAGCAUCCGAAGACGAGGAAUCCAGGGAACCGCUCAAUCAGAUAGUUGAGGAGGAUUCCUUUGAGGACUACAUUCCUGAAGAGGACAUACAUUUGGAGGACGAGUACCUCCCGUCCACGGCGGAAAAGGAAACCAACACCGAAUGCAACUUCUGUCCGGAGGGAGCGAGACAGUUGCACAGACGAAAAAGUCAACAAGUAAGCUCAAACACAGAAGAGUCGCUGGCGACUAUUAAACGAUCUCAGACGUUCUCACCGCAACAGGGUGUUGGGAAGGGACAGUAUUUAUGCAGGCUCAAUCGUUCCGAAUCUGAUUCGUCGAUGUCCGCGCACCGCCGGUUGACGCUGCGGCCGCCUUCCCUCGGGAUACCUUUCGAUAGGAGCGUCAGGGAAAGAAGAUCUUUAAGAUGGUCCAAAUCCGCUGGCCGUCCUUCUCGUCGCUCGGGUCGCACCUCGCUAGACCUCAGCCUGGACCUCCGAGCGCAGCACGAGAGACUCACGGAUCUUAGAAACGAGAUCGCUCAUCUCACAACGCUCAAGAAGAGAUUGGAAGAGGCCUGUGCUCGCAAUGACCCCGCUGUAGCUUCGUGGGUCACUGAGGACGAAACACUACAGAAGCUGUUAUCAGCGCCGGCUGAUAAGGAUCGAGUGGCGAGACUCUUCACGAGGACCUGCAAGGAGGUGUUCAGAUUGAGGAAGUCGCGGCAGGGCGGGCGGAAACCGGAUCUGGUGACGUUCAAAGAAAAAAUGGCGUUCUUCACUCGCAGCAAGUCGAUCACGAUAGCCGACGACGAGGAGCUGUCCGACGAUUGGGAGGAACUGGAAAGACGGACUCCCGACGGGAGGUCUUCCAAGGUGUCGUACGAGAGAGGCCUGGUCGUGGAGUGCAAGAACCCCUGCAUCCCCGACAAGAUGGACGGCAUCAGUAUAGACGGCAACAACGACGACGUCUACGAGUACGUCGUGGACAGGGCGCUCGGGGUCCAAGUCUGAAGCAUCAUAUACAACCAGGACAUUCCCUUUGGAUGUUCUGUCAGUUUAUACGAAACGAAUUUUUCUAUGAUUAUUGUAUAUACAAAAGGUCACGGCACGACAGCGGAGACUGACGGCUAUUGGACGUAUGUACGGUGCCAUACGAUUUAUAUCAUAUAUAUGUACAAAAACGUGCCUUAAGUGCCUUCGUGUUUUGAACGCGGUACAAACAUACAGUCACAAAAAAUGCCAAACCUUUUUUUUUUAUAUAGAUUGUAACUAUGUACGUAUCGACCCACCGGCUGGCGCGGUUGUUUGUUCUGACCAACGUUUGAUACGCAGCGGACGUUGGCCGGCAUGUAUUAUGCUAUGUCUAUAACUAGCCGUCCGUGCUGCGCGGGCGGGAGCGUCGCGACGCCGUCACUAAGGUUAUAAACGUAGCAUAACGCAGAGAUAUAUCCACCGAAGGACUUGUUAGGCCAAAAAGCUUUGUAAAUACGGCUCAGUGGAGGUGAUACUAAGUGGGUCACGUCUUAAACUAAUUUUACAUAUUAUAUUCUAUAUGGAUGGCACUUCGCUACAAUUUUUUGGUUCCGUAUUGAAAAUGAAAAUAGUUUUGGUUUGUGAUGGAUGAAGUGUGGCUCGUUGGAUGCUAUGAAUGUUGGCCGAUGUUGGUGAUGACGUCAUCGUUGGCCCAUCGUGGCCGAGCGUUGGCCAGGCGAUAAUUUGAUCUGAAAUUUAACUGAUUCGACAUCUCAAUAUAACAACCUCGUACGUAAUGAUGAUAGUUUUAAAUUUGUAAAUUGUAAAUUAAUAAUGUACAUAAUACGAGAUUAAUUCAAUCUAUUACAAUAUAUUUUUAGUAUUAUAUAUAUAUAUAUAUAUAUUUUUAUAACAAAGCAAAUAGCUCGUAGUGUAGAUGUAAAUAAUGUAUACAUAUGAAGUCCUAGCUGUUAUUGUUGAGGUGAACACGAUUUGCCAAAAUAAUUUAAUAUUAUUUUUGAUUUUUUCCAUAAAAGGGUUUAUAUUGUAACGACGAAGGACGGUUGAUAUUAAUAAAAAGUGAAAAUAAAAAAAAUAUAUAAAUUAA